AUGCAGAUGGCUAGUAACGAGGAUCACCCACAUGGUGAUGAGACCGUUGGUGGUGCGGAAAGGGAAAUUAAACGUGGAAUAACGGUUAUGAAGAAAGUUAUUCGAGAUAGAGAUCGAGGCGUUUUAAUAAAAGUGCAUUGGAACGAAGGUGGACAACUAAUUGAGCCUAACGGUUCAACAUUGACAAGUUUUAUUGGUGCAUUGGUAAGGAAUGAAGUUCCAAUUACUUGUGAUAAUUGGAGAAAUAAACAAUUGAACGAAGCUAAAGACAAAAUAUGGAAGGUGUUUCGACAUCGAAGAAAACAGAAGAGAUCAUUGUCUCAAAUGGCCGGAAAGUUACUAAGAGGGUUUAGAACCUUUUUAUCAACCACCUUUCUUAGGGAUACGGAAGGUACUUUUGUUGAUGCAGAGCUUCCAUCUAAAUAUGCAAGUUUGAUUUCACCUAAAGAAUGGGAAACGUUUAAAUCCAAACGAAAAACCCAAGAAUUUAAGAGUGUAAGUGAAACAAACCGGCAAAGAGCAUCAAGUCCGGCGUAUCCCUAUAGAAAAGGGCGUGUUGGAUAUGGACGCUUAGAGCAGUCUAUAUUAACAAAGGAGAAUAGUUCUGAAACAUCUCUUCCGGCACAUGUUUUGUGGAAGGAAGCCCGUGUCGGUAAGGAUGGAAAGAUUAAAGAAGACGUUCAACAAAUAUUUGAGAAAUGUGAGACUCUAUCUCAAUCUAUAGUUCCAUAUGAAGACACUGAUUGCAGGAGCAUACUGAGUCGAGCAUUAGAUGUUCCCGAGUAUUCUGGUCGGGUGAGGGGCAAGGGAUUUGGGAUCACUCAAAAAUCCUUGAAUAUUAAAAAACAAAAGACUCCUAGCAAUAAAGAACUGCAGCAAACUUUGGAAGCAUUAAAAGCUGAAGUUCUUGAAUUAAGAAAGGAAAGAGAAAGAGAUCGAGCAGCGGGUUUUAAAGAUACUAGUGACAAAGAUAGUAUCAAUUGUAAUUUUCAACCGACUAUUCCAGAGGGCAUUUCACCUUGUCACCUCUACUUAGCGAGACCGACUUAUCGGAUGGUUGGCAAGGGGAAAGUUCAUAACAAUUUGGGUGAAUUACUUCACACUAAACCGCUCCCUACUGGAUCUUUGAAAGUGUCGGUUGAUAUUGCUUUGGAGAAGGAUGCGUUAUUACCACAUCCUGACGAUGUUUCGGAUGCAACUUUAUUGGGAGAUGCCAUAGGUUCAUUUGUUGCAUGGCCGACAGACCUCAUUAUCGUAGGAUAUGAGACUCCCACAAAAUCCAAAGCAAAAGAUAAGGGGAUUGCGCGGGAAAUCGAGUCAGUUGCAUCGCAAAAAGAGAUUCCUGUUGCUAAGAAGACUGAAAUUUCCAAGAGGACCGGGGCUAAAAAGAAAAAUCCUUCCAAGUAUAGAGCGUGCCUCCAUACAUAUUUAGAAACGACAGAUAUUUCGGAUGGAUGUGUUCGUUUAAUACCUAUGGAUGGAGCUAUUUUUGGUUUUGAGUAUGCCGAGCCAUUGGGUAAAGAGGAUUUUGAUCAAAUUUUGUAUCAUACGCAAUUAAGCGUUGGUGUUAUCAACACAUACAUGAGGUAUUUAUAUGACAAAUUGAUGGGUCCGCGUGGGUUGGAGCAAAGAUUCUCAUUCUUAAAUCCCAUGAAAACGAACUUAACCGAAAUGAUAAGAAAACCAGAUGAAGUCAGGACGUAUGUAGUCGAGCGCUUUAUGGCCGACACAGAUAGAGAAAAGUUGUUCUUUUUACCGUUUAAUACCGGCGACGGUGGACAUUGGUUGUUGGUCGCGAUAAAUCCUUUUAAAGAAAUUGUGUAUUAUUUGGAUUCUUUACACAAUGAUUGGACAACAUACCCUGCUAUGAAGACGAUAGUUGACACCAUUAUACAAACUGUUCGAGCACAAAGAAAAAUUCAAGUACCAAAGAGAAAAGCCAAUAACAUUACAUGGAAUAGAGUGGAGUGUCCUCGACAGCGUAAUAAUAUAGAUUGUGGAUAUUACACGUUGAGGUUUAUGAAAGAAACUCUUCUUAUGGAUCGAACAGAUAUUCCAUCUGAUUACUUUGAUGAAUAUAGAUGUGCUUAUUACUCAAAAGAUCAGUUGGAUGAAAUUAAAGAGGAAUUGUGUCAAUUCAUUAUCGAGCUACAGGUUUUGUGAGGUAUUGAACUCUUACUUUAA